AUGAGCGACGAAGUCUACGAGGGUGCCAUCGGCAUCGAUCUUGGCACCACCUACUCUUGCGUUGCCAACUACGAGGGCACCAAUGUCGAGAUCAUCGCCAACGAGCAGGGUAGCUUCACCACCCCCUCGUUCGUGUCCUUCACCAGCGAGGAGCGUCUCAUCGGUGAGGCGGCCAAGAACCAGGCUGCUAUGAACCCUGAGAACACCGUCUUCGAUGUCAAGCGUCUCAUUGGUCGCCGAUUCGAGGACGAGACCGUCACAAAGGACAUCAAGUCAUGGCCAUUCAAGGUCGUUGACCAGGGCGGCAGCCCUCUCGUCGAGGUUGAGUACCUCGGCGAGACCAAGCAGUUCUCUCCCCAGGAGAUCUCUGCCAUGGUUCUCGUCAAGAUGAAGGAGGUCGCUGAGACCAAGCUCGGAAAGAAGGUUGAGAAGGCCGUCAUCACCGUUCCCGCCUACUUCAACGACAACCAGCGUCAAGCCACCAAGGACGCCGGUGCCAUUGCUGGCCUCAACGUUCUCCGUAUCAUCAACGAGCCUACCGCCGCCGCUAUCGCUUACGGUCUCGGUUCCGGAAAGUCUGACAAGGAGAGGAACGUCCUCAUCUACGAUCUCGGUGGUGGUACUUUCGAUGUGUCUCUUCUCCACAUCCAGGGUGGUGUCUUCACCGUCAAGGCUACCGCUGGUGACACACAUUUGGGUGGACAGGACUUCGACACCAACCUCCUUGACCACUUCAAGAAGGAGUUCACAAAGAAGACCAAGAAGGACAUCAGCGGUGACGCCCGUGCCCUCCGUCGUCUCCGGACUGCUUGCGAGCGUGCCAAGCGUACCCUCUCCAACGCCACCCAGACCACUGUUGAGAUCGACUCGCUGUUCGACGGUGAGGACUUCAACGCCAACAUCACCCGUGCUCGUUUCGAGGACUUGAACCAGAAGGCCUUCGCUGGCACUCUGGACCCCGUUGCCCAGGUUCUCAAGGACGCCGCCAUCGCCAAGGACAAGGUUGACGAGAUCGUCCUUGUUGGUGGUUCCACCCGUAUCCCCAAGAUCCAGAAGCUCCUCAGCGACUACUUCAACGGAAAGAAGCUCGAGAAGAGCAUCAACCCCGAUGAGGCUGUUGCCUACGGUGCCGCCGUCCAGGCUGGUAUCCUCUCCGGAAAGGCCACCUCCGCCGAGACUGCCGACCUCCUCCUUCUCGAUGUCGUUCCCCUCUCCCUUGGUGUAGCCAUGGAGGGUAACAUCUUCGCCCCCGUCGUUCCCCGCGGUCAGACCGUCCCUCGUGCUGGUGAGGCCGUCCUUGAGGUUGUCUUCGAGGUCGACGUCAACGGUAUCCUGAAGGUCACCGCCACCGAGAAGACCUCCGGCCGCAGCGCCAACAUCACCAUCUCCAACGCUGUCGGAAAGCUCUCGUCUGCCGACAUCGAGAACAUGAUCAACGACGCCCAGAAGUUCAAGUCCUCCGACGAGGCCUUCAGCAAGAAGUUUGAGUCAAGGCAACAGCUUGAGUCCUACAUCUCCCGCGUUGAGGAGAUGAUCUCCGACCCCACCACAUCCAUCCGCCUCAAGCGCGGCCAGAAGGAGAAGAUCGAGUCUGCUCUCUCUGACGCCAUGGCUCAGCUCGAGGUUGAGGACGCCCCCGCUGAUGACCUGAAGAAGAAGGAGCUUGCGCUCAAGCGCACUGUCACCAAGGCCUUCUCCACCCGAUAA